GUCAAUGUCAAAUCCACAUGUGAUAGAAUUGAGGAUUUGUUUACAAACUAAAAUUAACAUUAAAUUUUAUUACAAAAUGAGUUUUAAGAAUUAUAAAGACAAAAUAGAUGAAGGUGACACGGUAAUUCUGUACCUAAGUAAUAAUCUGCACGCCAUAGAAGUGCGACCUGAAAUUGCAAAUAAGAAGGGUGAAAUGGUUGAAAACGUUUAUCAGACAACUUUUGGUGCAUUGAAAGUGAGAAAUCUAAUAGGUGUUGAUUAUGGCAGUCGAGUAGAAUUAUCAAAAGGCUGGGGCCAUGUUCUGCAGCCCACUCCAGAACUAUGGUCACUAACUUUACCUCAUCGAACCCAAAUUAUAUACACACCGGACAUUAGCAUGAUUCUGCUGCAGCUAGAUUUAGUUCCUGGGUCUGUUGUAAUUGAAGCAGGAACGGGCAGUGGUUCGUUAACACAUGCUUUGAUACGACGUGUUCGUCCCAAUGGUCAUGUUUACACAUUCGACUUCCAUGACCAUCGGGCCAAACUUGCGAGGGAGGAGUUUGAAGCACAUGGUAUUGCGGAAUAUGUUACGGCACAACAUAGGGACGUGCUUGAGCAGGGUUUUGGCGAUAAUUUAAACGGUAAAGCCGAUGCAGUUUUCUUGGACCUUCCGAAGCCGUGGGUCGGCGUUCCGCACGCUGUGAACGCUAUGAAGGAUGAAGGAGGUCGGUUCUGCUCCUUCUCGCCCUGCAUAGAGCAAGUCCAAAGAACAUGCAUAGCAUUGGAGCAAAACGGUUUCCAAGAUAUCAGUACUAUGGAAGUGUUGCAGACCGAACUCAAAGUUAGCAGAAGAACUGUGCCUGUACGCGAUUUAUCCUUCUUGAAACAUAAGAGCUGUGAUAACCCAGUAGAAGAAAAGCCAACAAGUGAUAAGAAUUACGUGGUGGGCGCGUGGCCGACCAGCACGCCCGGUCACACCGGCUACCUAACUGUGGCUACUCUACCGCCUGCCUUUAUAAGAAAAAAAACAAUUCCAGCCAAGACAAAAAAUGGAAAAGAUGAGAAUCCUCCAGACAUUUACGAGAGGAAAAGUGACUCGGAUAGCGGAGAGGACAAAUUAGUUGUCGAUGAAAAUAGAUUAUAAAAACAAUUCGUGUAACAUAAAAUCUUCAAUGAGA